CCUCGUACUAAUUCAAAGAGGCAGUCUCUCGCCCUCGAGUCCGCAGGUCGUCCGCCGCUCGGGCUUCCGCUCCUCUCGUUCUGCGCCUGCUCUGCGCUUCCCACCCGACUGCCACCGCUGCUGGCGAUCUACGACGCUCAGAGUCUACCAUCUAUCCUCACGUUUACCGUUGUUGCCUCGCCCGACUCGCGGCUGCCAAGUUCACGGUUUUCACGGGGAAAGAAUCGUCAACUCAGAGAUCACUUUGAAGUUCUGCAGAUAUAACGUAGUCGGGCGAGAUGGCGGAUGCACUCGAUGGCGAAGAAAGACCACCGGAAGGACAUGCUACGAAAGUGCGGGAUUGCUACAGAGCACCCACAUACUCGAGUGAAACCUAUCCGCGAUUUCCGCAGGAGCUGAUUGACCGCAUCUGCGAAUUCCUCCGGUUGGAUCCUUUCACACUGACCAGGUGCCGCCUUGUUUGCCACGCUUGGUAUUGUGCUGCACGGCGCGUCUACUGGGACUCCAGCCUCAAGUUGCAGACCCGAGAAGACUUGGAUGACUGCGCAUACAUGCUCAUGUUGAAAAACAAUCGAUCAUAUGGCAAAAUCUUUCAUACCCUGCAGAUUCAAGACGACCCUCGAAAGCCACUCGCCCAUAUUUGGCCAAUGCGCAUUCCCGGGUAUUUCGUACCGCGAUUGGAGGAGCUGAGCCUAAUCAACUUCAACUGGACAGCAACCAGACCACAUGAUCUUUUCUUCCACUUCCUUUCCUAUUACACCAGCAUCAAAACUCUGAUAAUCGAACGGUGCCAGUUUCGCAGUAUAGCGGAACUCCGUAGGAUCUCCACCGCACUCCCGAGCCUCGAAAACCUGUCUCUCGCGGGGAUCGCACUGCAGCACCAACUCGUGCCAGGUUUGGUGUCACACUAUGUUCCCAAUUUUUCUCGCAACAAGCUCAAGAGAAUGAAUAUUGGGAGUGCCUACCGUAUCAUUUCUCAUGGCGCGCCGGCGAGGGGCAAUCACAUCCCAUCUGUAUACCAUCAAUUCCUAUGGGAUGUAUGUGUCACGUACUACUCCUACGUGACAGAGCUAGAGUUGGACCUGCGCUACUGCUCUUCGCUCUCGAGUCUUCAUCGGUUUCUACACCAUUUCCCACAUCUGUCCCACUUGUUGCUACACGAUGCAGAGCUCGGCUCCGAUGUCGAGCCUGCAUCAGCAGCAGACCUCGCCCUAUACACAGCACAUGAACCCAACCCCUCCCUGUCGGAUUUACGACUCGAACAUAUGCCUGCGUCGUUGGCGCUACAGUUUCUACUGGUAUUGUCCUCGCAGACUUGUAGCAGACUGGAAGCCCUGCGGGUUUUCUUUCCCUGCUGGCAUUGCCAGCCGCAUGAUCGACAGCGUGCAGAGUUUGUACUACGCGUUACAGAGGUUCUAUGUCUCGCCGGAGCUAGGCUGAAGACGUUUGAAUGGGAACAUACUCCCGAAGUUGAUGAACACUCGAUCCACGAUGACGUACCGCGACUUACAGCAAACACAUCACUGACAGGCCUGAAGAUCACUCUCAACCGUGUUGAUCCAUCACCCGCGAGCAUCCAGAGGGCCCUGGAUACCUUGUUGUCUGACAUACGAAGCCCGCAUCUGGAGCGACUCAUGAUCAACAUUUACCUGACUCUGCCCUGCUACGACACGUCUGAAGAUAGGGACGAGACCUUAGUCAGCGAGGCAGACCCUCCCGGCUCCACCUCCACUUUCCAUGCUAUACUCUCUCGUAGCGUCUUUGACCAACUUCCAGCAGUUUCUGGGGACUGGUGGUCCAAAUCGGGUGCCGGUGUAUUGAUUGUAAUCGGAUGGUUCGGCUCACUGGAGGAGUCUGAGUCUCAGAUGGAAGCUCGAACCACUGCAUUGUCUGCGAUCAAGUCAAACAUGAUAACUCUGUUCGCGCCGUGGCUGGAUCGCGGAGUCGUGCAGCUCGAAUUCAAUUCCGAUCCUGACGGUGAAGAGGACCUCACUCGUAAUUCCUCCUCAGUACUCCGUGUCCUUGGGACUCGGACGCAUGCCAGUAUAAAGGAGAUACCAGACUCGGAGAACAAUGACCAUGCGCGCGAUGCCAUUGGAGAUACGGAGGCUGAAGAAGAAUCUUCUCUGGCGUAGACAAUACACCUAGAUUUGCGGCACUGUUAUCAAGGUUUUAACGAUCGAACUCGAAGAGCUUAAUAGACUGAGACACCG